GGUUUGAGCGAAAAGCGACCGCUGAGGGGGUGGGCCGCAAGCACUUUGUGACCCUUCGGGCCCCAUCGUAAAUAGGACACCUCUCAGGCAUAAGAAGCCUCUGGAAAUGAGCUCCCACUGGUCGAGACUGGGACUCCGCUUUUUUGCUGAGGCUCAAGGGAAACGUAGUCCGAAGGGAGAGGACGGUGCCUUUGGGGUAGGCCCCUGAUUAGCCAGGGCAACGCGUGGGAGGGGCGAGUCGGUGCGUUCUACGCAAGCGCGUGGAGAAUGGCGUGCGGAGCUGGCGCGGCGCCAUUUCCCGGAAGUUACCUACGGGACACCGGCGCCGUGGUAAAGGUGAGCGUGGCCUUUCCCACCCCCUGGAGCGGCGCGGGGCCUACUUUCGGGACCCGGCCGUCCCCUACCCUCGGCCUUGAGCGUCAGUUUCUGUCCCGACGUGCCGUGCGCGUCCGCACCAUCGAACGUAGUCCAGGCCGUUCCUGCCUCCCAUGAACACCGUUCUCUAUACCCGUACCUGGGCCCCCGCCUCCGUGAAGACCUCCUCCCUCCUUUCCCUUUUUGGGCGCCCGCAAGGGACAGACAGCAGAGGUCAAGGGCCCCUCGGACAGGCCGGAGGUUGGGCCUGAGCUGAACAAACCUCCUCCGAGCUUAAUUUCCGGUCCAUGCUUGACUUCUCACAGUAAAGCGAGCUGUGCCUACCUGAUGAAGAUGUGAGAAACGCUCGACGAUUGAGAACUCGUUAGAAUUCUGAAAGAGCUGGUUAAAUUGCAUCGAGUUCUGAACAGAGUUUUGUGUGAACGGAAAUUUGCCAGUAUGGGACGAACCAGAGAAAACCCAUGUCGAGAAUUUUUCAAGUAUGAAAAGAUUGAAAAUAAAAGCACGUGUAAAAUUUGCAACACAGAUAUGGUUGGAGACCAUGCAGCGAAUUUAGAGAGACACCUGAAGCGUCACCAUACGGAUGAGUACAAUGCAGUGCAAAGCAAGAAGACAAAGAAGAUUGAAGAAAGUGUCAGAAGCGUUCCGAAUAAGCAACAAAAAACUUUAGAGGAGUUUAUGGAGUGUGCUGUUCCAGAAUGCCUUAAGGUCCCUCCUGGCAGCUCCAACAAGACCUCCCACACAAGAAUGCCAUCCCCACUGGGCCCCCUGCGCCUACCCACUCUGGACCCCACAGCUACCCUGGAGGAGCUUGAGGCUGCACGCCUGAGCUUCCGGCAGUUCCGCUACCAGGAGGCAACAGGGCCCCAUGAGGCCUUGGCGCGGUUGCGUGAGCUCUGCCACCAGUGGCUGCGACCUGAGGUGCACUCCAAGGAGCAGAUGCUGGAGCUGCUGGUGCUGGAGCAGUUUCUGGGCGUGCUGCCCCUCGAGAUACAGGCUUGGGUGCGGGAGCAGCUACCAGGCAGCCCUGAGGAGGCCGUGGCCUUGGUCGAGGAGCUGCAGCAUGACCCAGGGCGGCUGCUGGGCUGGAUCACAGCACAUGUCCUGGGGCGAGAGGUUCUCCCAGCAGCCCAGAAGACAGAGGAGUCCUCAGGGAGCCCCCUCCCCUCAGGUACAGUGGAGUCCUCUGGUGCAGCCCCUGGAGAGGGGCCCCAGGUUGCCCAGAUGGAGGGGCCUGCCCAGCUCAUCUGCAACGUGAAGGAGGAGCCAGAUGCCGACGGGCAGGAGAUGGCUCUCCCAGACCCCCCGCUUCCAGCCCAGUCCCCCGAGAGGCACCUUGAACAUCAGAAGCCAGCCUCCACAUCCUUCCUCCCUCCCAGGAUUCAGGAGGAGUGGGGGCUGCUGGACCCGUCGCAGAAGGAGCUGUACUGGGAUGCGAUGCUUGAGAAGUAUGGGACGGUGGUCUCCCUGGGAGACGAGGGCAGGAGCCCCUGCGAGGCCCCCCCUGGCUAUGCAGAGGCCCAGCCACCGUGGGGUCCAGCUGCUGUGCUUGUUUCGCUGCCGCAAGCGCCCCCUGUGCAAGUCCAGGCCUCAUCCCCUGGGCCUGGUCCAGAGCCAGGUGUGCUGCGCAGGAAGGCCUACACGUGUGAGCAGUGCGGCCGUGGCUUCGAUUGGAAGUCAGUGUUCGUCAUCCACAGGCGGGCGCACGCAGGCGGGCACCCAGCUACAGGGGACAUGGAGAGGCCACCGCCAAACACCCGAGAGCCACUGCGCUACCCUCGGCGUGUGCCUGCAGGCCCCCACAGCUACCCAUGUGAAGAGUGCGGGCGCAGUUUCAGCUGGAAAUCGCAGCUGGUCAUCCACCGCAAGAGCCACGUUGGCCAGCGGCGUCACUUUUGCGGGGACUGUGGCCGUGGCUUCGACUGGAAGUCCCAGCUAGUCAUUCACAAGAAGAGCCAUCGGCCUGAGGCCCCAUGAAUGAACAGAGGACAAGGCCCGGUGCAGCUCCCAGCCCCUGCUUCUCAGCCUGGGUCUGGGAGACUGAAGGUGGCAGAGGGUCUCUUGCACCAGGCCCUGUCAGACCUGAGGAAAAGAAGCCUCUGACUCUCCUUCCAGCUCCUGCCCUCUGGAAUGAAGCCUGAGUUCAAAUCUACUGCUAAUUGGAGACCAUGGGGUAACCUGUGUGCCAGCCCCCCAGUUGUGACAGGGUAUAGGCCGAGGAUGUUCAGAAACUGCCCUUCCCUGCCUUUCUGGGAAGUGGCUAAGCUUAGGUCUGUGUCAAAGGCAGCAGAAGCCCUGAAGGUAAAACCGACUUCUCCCUGGGGAAGAGGCAGCCGAAGAUGUGGUUCUGCUGGGCCUGGAAGGCCCUAGGCAGCUCCAUGUGACCUGUGGUCCUCCUGGCCCUCAGCGCGUGUUUUAGAUUUUUUAAACUCCAUCGCCUGCUUUUAAAACCAGGAGCUUCUGGAUAAGAAUCUCAAUUUCUGACUUCUGGAAGGUCAGAAGAUCUAGCAAUGCUCUCCUGACAGCUGGAUCUGCAGAACAGCUGUGCCCAGGAGGAUGGCCAUCCCCCCCCCCACCCACACAUGGUCCCUGAAAUCCCCCAGCCACCCCCUGCCCCCACUCCCACGUGCCUUCUUGCCCAUUGGCCUCUGGCCUUGAGUCCUGCUUAGGUGGACAGUUACAGGAGUUCCUCCCAUAGCUAAACUAGUGUGACCACCAAGAGGGGCCCAAGGGUGUGAAGUGGGUUGUCAGCCAGGCUUGGAUAAGGCCAUCAGCACCUUUGGGGCAGGCGUUUGCUCCCACAGCCCACAUGAUAACCCAGAAUAAUCUCCCCCUCUCAGGAAUCUUAAUCACAUCUGCAAGUUCCCUUUUCACAAAAUGAGGUAACUUACGGGUUAUAAGGAUUAGGACGUAGAAAUCUCUAUGGGACCAUUAUUCAGAGACAGUAAGGAUGGUGGUAGGGGGUAGUAACCACACUGAGGGAGGAUGGGUAGUUUUUUAAUAAAGUUUUUCAUAUUUAAAAUUAUGUUUCCUUAGAAAAAUUUGAAAUAUACAAGAGGGAAAAGAAGAAUAUGAAAAUGGUCUCUAGUUUCACUGUCUCAAGUUAACACUAAUUCCAGGCAGGAGCGUUUUUUUGUAUAGCAUCCUGUGAGGUUACGAUAUAUUGUUUUAAGUCAUAUUCUUUUCAUUCCCUCAUUUCCCUAGGUUAUUGAAAACUUGUUUUUAAAGGCCUGGGUGAAUCUUGCAUUUUUUGGUCCGUGCCGUCAUGUCUACCAAGCCCAGAGAUUUGCCUGAUGUACCCUGUGGCACACAAAACUCUAAGGCACCCAAGUGUGUACCUCGGGUAUAACUCUGGCUAUCUCCUUAGGACAAAUUUCCCAACGUGUUUUUCUCUGUAUAAGUCUUUUACAUCCCUAGUUAGAUUUAUUCCUAAGUAUUUUAUCUCUUGGAGGGGCUAUUAAAUAUUGUUUUCCUGAUUCCCUUUUCUGAGUCAUCCUUGGUAAUGUAGAUGUUUGUAUGUUGAUCUUUUACUUUGCCACUUUGCUGAAUCCUUUCUUUCUGUUUCAGUAGCUUUCUUGUGGAAUCUGAGAUUUUCUAUGUAUAGAAUCAUAUCUGUGAAUAGGGAUAGUUUUACUUCUGUCUUACCAAAUUGUUGUUAGGUGCCAUCGAGUUCACUCCGACUCAUAGCAACCCCAUGUUCGACAGAAUGAAACACUGCCCUGUCCUGUGCAAUCCACACAGUUUUUACUAUGAUUGAGCCCGUUGUUGCAAUCACUGUGUCAAUCCAUCUCAUUGAGGGUCUUCCUCUUUUUCACUGAUCCUCUACCAAGCAUGAUGUCCUUCUCCAGGGACUGAUCUCUCCUGAUAACACGUCCAAAGUAUGUGAGAUGUAGUCUCGCCGUCUUUGCUUUUAAAGGGCAUUCUGGUUGUACUUCUUUGAAAACAGAUCUGUUCGUUCUUUUAGCAGUCCCUGGUAUAUUCAGUAUUCUUCACCAACACAAUUCAAAGACAUCAGUUCUUCCUUAUUCAUCGUCCAGCUUUCUCAUGCAUAUGAGGUGAUUGAAAACCAUGGCUCGCGUCAGGCGCACCUUAGUCUUCAAGGUGACAUCUUUGCUUUCUAAAACUUGAAAGAGGUCUUGCAGCAGGUUUGCCCAGUGCAGUCUGUCAUUUGAUUUCUUGACUGCUGCUUCCAUGGGUGUUGAUUGUGAAUCCAUGUAAAAUGAAAUCCUUGACAACUUCAAUCUUUCCUCCAUUUAGCGUGAUGUUGUUUAUUGGUCCAGUCGUGAAGAUUUUUCUUUCCUUUAUGUUGAGAUGUAAUCUAUAGUGAAGGCUGUAAGUCUUUGAUCUUCAUCAGUAAGUGUUUUAAAUCCUGUUCACUUUCAGCAAGCAAGGUUGUGUCAUCUGCGUAAUCCAGGUUCAUAAUGAGUCUUCUUCUGAUCCUUAUGCCCAAUUCUUCAUGUAGUCCAACUUCUUGGAUUACUUGCUCAGUGUAAAGAUUGAAUAGGUAUGGUGAAAGGAUACAACCCCGAUCCACGCCUUUCCUGACUUUAAACCACACAGUAGCCCCUUGUUGUGUUUGAACGACUGCCUCUUGAUCUAUAUACGGUUUCCUCAUGAGCAUAAUUAAGUGUUCUGGAAUUCCCAUUCUUCAAAAUGUUAUCCAUAGUUUGGUAUGAAUCACACAGUUGAAUGCCUUUGCAUAGUCAAGAAAACGCAGGUAAACAUCUUUGUGGUAUUCUCUACUUUCAGCCAGGAUCCAUCCGAUAUCAGCAAUGAUAUCCCUGGUUCCACGUCCUGUUGUAAAUCUGGCUUGAAUUUUUGGCAGUUCCCUGUCAAUAUACUGCUGCAGCCACUUUUGAAUGAUCUUUGGCUAAAUUUUAUGUAUCCAUUUUACUUACCAAUUUGGAUGCCCUUUGUUUCCCUUUCUUGCCUUACUGCUUUAGCUAGAACUUCCAGUACGGUAUUAAAAAUAAGGGUGGUGAUACUGGGCAUCCUUGUCUGGUUCCACUUUUCAAGGGGAAUGCUUUCAGUCUCUCUGUUGAGACUAAUGUUGGCUGUUGUAUGCCCUUAAUUAUAUUGAAGGAUUCUCCUUCUAUUCCUAUUUUGCUGGAAUUUUUAUCAGGAAAGGGUGUUGAAUUUUAUCAAAUGCAUUUUCUGCACCUAUUGAGAUGAUCAUGUAAUUACGCUCCCUUUGUUUUGUACCUGUGGUGAAUUAACACUGAUUUUCUAAUGUUGAACCAUCGGUGCAUACCUGGUAUAAGUCCCACUUGGUUAUUAUGUAUUAUCGUACUGAUAUGCUGUUGAAUUCUACUGGCUAAAAUUUUGUUGAGAAUUUUUGCAUCUGUAUUCAUGAGGGAUAUUGGUCUUUAAUUUUCUUUUUUAGUGGUAUCUUUUUUUUUUAUACCUGGGUUUGGUAUCAGGGUUAUGUGGGCUUCAUAGAAUGAAUUUGAGAGUAUUUCUUCCUUUUCCGUGGUCUGGAAUAGUUUGAGUAGAAUUGAUAUCAAUGUUUGGUAGAAUUCUCCAGUAAAGCUUUCUGGGCUGGGGCUUUUUGUUUUGUUUUUUAACUGUGCUUUAAGUGAAAGUUUACAGCUCAAAUUAGUUUUUCAUACAAAAAUUUUUACACACAUUGUUACGUGACCCUAGUUGCUAUCCCUAUAAUGUAACAGCACACUUCCCCUUCCACCCUGGAUUUUUCAUGUCCAUCCAACCAGCUCCUAUCCCUUUCUGCCUUCUCAUCUUGCCUCUAGACAGGAGCUGCCUAUUUAGUCUCAUGUAUCUACUUGAACUAAGAAGCACAGUCUUCACAAGUAUCAUUUUAUGUCUUAUAGUCCAGUCUAAUCUUUGAAGAGUUGGUUUCGGAAGUGGGUUUUAGUUCUGGGUUAACGGAGUCUGGGGCCGUGUCUUCUGGUUUUCCUUCAGUCUCAGUCAGACUGUGAAGUCUGAUCUUUUUACUAGAAUUUGAGUUCUGCAUCCCACUUUUCUCUUGCUCUGUCAGGGACUCUUGUGUUCUCUGUGAGGGCGGUCAUUGUUGGCAGCUGGGCACCAUCUAGUUCUGGUCUCAGGAUGGUGGAGUCUCUGGUUUAUGUGGCCCUUUUUGUCUCUUGGGCUAAUAUUUUCCUUGUGUCUUUGGUGUUCUUCAUUAUUCUUUGCUCAAGAUGAGUUGGGACCAAGUGGUGCAUCUUAGAUGGCCGCUCGCUAGCUUUUAAGACCACAGACGCCACUCACCAAAGUGGGUUGCAGAAUAUUUUCGUAAUACACUUUGUUAUGCCCAUUGACCUAGAUGUCCCCUGAAAACAUGGUCCCCAGGCCCCUGUGGGGCUUUUGUUAAUUGGGAGUUUUUUAAUGAUCUCUCCAGUUUCUUUUUUAUGGGUCUAUUCAGAUUUUCUACCUCAGUUUGUUAGUUUAUGUAGGUAGUGUGUUUCUAGAAAUUUGUCUUACAGGUUUCCAAAUUUGUUGUACAGUUUUUCACAAUAUUCAGUUAUAAUCUUUUUUGUCUCAUUUGGUUCUGUUGUAAUGUCACCCAUGUCAUCACUUCCUUGAGUUAUUUGCAUCGUCUCCUUUUCCUUUGUCAAGCUGGCCAGUCAAAUUACUGCAACGACAAACACAUAGACCAGUGGAAUAGAGAACCCAGAAGUAAAUCCAUCUACCUAUGGACAGCUGAUCUUUGACAAAGGGUUGAAGUUCAUUAAUUGGAGAAGAUUAGGUUCCGUAAUGGUGCUGGCAAAUUGCAGAAAAAUGAAAAAGGAUCCAUAUCUCACACCAUCCACAAAAACUAAAAAUGGAUCAAAGACCUAUGUGUAAAACCUAAAACUAUAAAGUUCAUGGAAGAAAACAUAGGGACAAACCUAGGGGCCCUAAUUAUGUCAUAAAUAGACUAUCAAACAUAACUCAAACUGCACAAACAGCAGAAGAUAAACUAGAUAACUAGGACCUCCUAAAAAUUAAAAACAAAAGACCACCAACAGAAUAAAAAGAGAAUGUAUAGACUGGGGAAAAGAUUUUGGAAACACAUCUGACAGUCUGAUCUCUAAAAUUUAUAGAAAACUUCAGCACCUCAACAAGACAAUUAAAAAAUGGGCAAAGGACAUGAACAGACACUUCAACAAAGAAGAUAUUCAAGCAGCUAACACGUGAAAAGAUGUGAUCAUUAGCAUACCAAGCCAAGUUAAUUGCUGUCGAGUCGAUUCUGACUCAGCAGUGCUAUAGGACAGAGUAAAACUGCCCAUAGGGUUUCCAAGGAGCAACUGGUACACUCAUACUGCUAACUUUUUGGUUAGCAGCCAAGCUCUUAACCACACUGUGCUACCAGGGCUCCCAUCAUCCAUUUGAGAGAUGCCAAUCAAAAGUACAAGGAGAUACCAUCUCACACUGGUAAUAAUGGCACUGAAAAAAAAUAACAUGUUACUGGAACCCUAAAUGGGACUGGUCAGUUUUGCCAUCCUGCUAUGAGUUGGAAUCAACUCGAUAGUAAUGGGUUUGGUUUUUGGUUUUUCAGGGAUGGGAGGGGAAGGGAAGGAAAAUUGGAUUUUUUUUUUAUACUAUCUAGUUAGUGAGUUUUCAUCCCUUUCCCUCCCAUCCCUAAAAAACCAAACCCAUUGCCAUCGAGUUGAUUCCAACUCAUAGCGACCCUAUAGGACAGAGUAGAACUCCCACAUAGGGUUUCCAAGGAGCAUCUGGUGGAUUUGAACUGCCAACCUUUUAGUUUACAGCUGUAUCUCUUAACCCCUAUGUCACCAGGGUUUCCAACUAGAUAGUAGACAAGUGUUAAUUCUGGUGAAGGAAAAGGCAAUACACAAUAUGAGGGAAGCCAGCACAACAUUACCCAGGCAAAGGAGGACACUGAGAGGUACACAAGAAUAAACGGCAACUAUGGUAAAUGCUGUAACAGACGAUCCUGCAACAACAGUAAUAAUUUGUGCAUAGAUGCAUAGGCAAAUAUGCAUGUCAGAUAGGUGUGGGAAGUCUUAUGGGAGUAUACCUGCGUGCAUAUAUAGGUAUGGUUGUGGAUAUUUCUACAUAGUUGUAAAUGGUGCAUGUAUAUUCAUAUAUAUAUAUACCAGCACAUAGAGAGCAUGGUUGUAGAAUCUACUUAAAGACAUCAGGACUGAACUACUGGGCUUGAAGGCUAAGGACCAUAGUCUUUGGGGACAUGUAGGUCAGCUGGCAAAACAGUUCAUUAAGAUAAUGUUCUAUAUCCUGGUCUGGUGAGUAGCGUCUGGGGUCUUAAAAGCGUCUGAGUGGCCAUCUAAGAAACAACUAUUGGUCUCUUCCCACCUGGUGCAAAGAAAAAUGAAGACUCAAGGAAACAACUAGUCCAAAGGACUAAUGGCCCACAGGAACUACAGCCUCCUCUAUCUAAACUAAGAUCUGAAGAACUAGAUAGUGUCUGCCUGGCUACUGCUACCAAGCUCUCUGACCGGGACCACAAAAGAAGGUCCCAGUUAGAAUGGGUAAAAAUGUAGAACAAAAUUCAAAGUAAAAAAAAGACAAGACUUACUGGCCUGAUAGAGACUGGCUGAACCCCUGCAACUGUUGCCCUAAGACAACCCUUUGACUUGAAGACACUCGUGGAGGCCACCUUUCAGCCAAAAAAUAAACAAGCCUGUAAAAUUAACACCCAUGAAAAAUGUGCUGCUUAGAACAAUUGAGUGUACAAGACUAAAAAGGACAACCAGAGAUGAGACUGCAGUAAGGGACAGGGGAACUGGACGAAUGGAACUGGAAACCUAGGGAGGAAAUGGAGAGUGCUGACACAUUACACGCCCUGUGACCAAUGUCAUGGAACUAUUUGUGUUAAUUAUUGAUCGGAAACUAACCUGCUAUGUAAAUUUGACCUAUAGCACAAUAAAAUGUUAAAAAAAAAAAAAGUCCCUAAGUGGGAUAGUUGAGUCACAGAGGGCAUGGGUUUGUUUUUGCCUUAAGACAAGUUUUUUAUAGCUUUGGAAGUCAUCUUCAACAUGGGUUUCAUUGAGCUAAAAUCAAGAUGUUGGCAGGCCUGGUUCCUUCUGGAGGCUCUAGAGGAGUGCAGUGCAGUGGAUUAUUUAAUAUGGUCCUUCUAGCCAUUGUGGCUCCCACACAAUGAUUGGGCAAGACUGUAAAUAAGGUGUUUGUGGCACCAAGGGAAUUGGAAAGCCUGCUAACAAUGCCAAUAAGGUGUAUGGAACGUUAAAGGGGAGUCAGUUUUGUCAUCCUGCUAGGCUUAAAAUGAGCUCAUCCUAGAAGUGGAGGGUGGGGGGACCUCAUUACCAUCAAGAAGGAAGAGCCAGGAGUGAAGUAUGUCCUUUGGACUCAGGGUCCCUGCACUGAGAAUCUCCUAGACUCAGGAGAUGAAGACAGAGAGCUAUAACACUGGAGAAGGCAUGAGAUGGGGAGAAGCAGCAGCAGAACCUGGAGACUGUCAGGAGAUGGCACGGUGGGAAUGCCAGCCCACGGAGAGAGCAAGCUGAGCACCUUCGGGCAGGAGGCUUACUGGCAGAGUAGGGUGCCUCUAGGUACUUGGCGGAACUGUGCUUGAUGACCCAUGGAGAGAACUGAGCCCUUUGGGCCCAAGGCUUACCAGCAGAGUUGGGUGCCUCUGGACACUUAACAGCAGACCUAAAGAGCUUACCAGAGCAGAGCAGGCCCGAGAGAGAAGCAUGUCUGAGGUCAUGGCAGAGAAGCUGUCCUGACUGAAGAACGGUAUCCUGAGUUGUUUCUGAUCCCGAAUUGUAACCUGUUAAUUCCCCUAUAAACCCCAUGACUAUGAGUAUGUCCUCUGAGUUCUGUGUGGCCAUUGCAAUGAAUUAUCAAACUGAGAAGUAGAGUGCCAUGGGAGGGACACCUGGUGUCAGAAUUGGUAAAAAGGUUAUCUUCACCUCAUAGCAAUCAGGCUUGGGCUGAUUUGUUCUUCCCCUUAUGAAGUUAGAUAAGGAGGUCAGAUGCCGCCAUCACACCAUUUUUACAGGAAGAAUCCAUUCCCUCGCCUUUUCCACCUUCUAGAGAUCCUCUGCAUUCCUUGGCUCAUGGCCUUUCCUCCAUCUUGAAAGCCAGCAAUGGCCAGUUAAGUUUUUUUCAGAUUGCAUCACUCUGAUUUCUCUCUCCUUCCCUCUUCCACUUUAUAAGGACUGUUGUGAUUACAUUGGGCGCACCUGGAUAAUCCUGAAUAAUCCCUUCAUCUCCAAGUCAGCUGAUGGGGUAUGGGAUUUUUAAGUUCCUGAUGGGUGUGGUCAAAGUGCCUUAGUUAUCUAGUGCUGCUAUAACAGAAAUAUAAGUGGAUGGCUUUAACAGAUUUAUUCUUUCACAUCACAGUCUAGGAGACCGGAAGUCUGAAUUCAGGGCACCAGCUCUAGGAGAAGGCUUUCUCUGUCAGUUCUGGUGGAAGAUCCUUGUCAUAAAUCUUCCCCUGGUGUAGGAGCUUCUCAGCGCAGGGACCAUGGGUCCAAAGGAUGAGCUUUGCUCCUGGCACUUCUUUCUUGGUGAUAUGAGGUCUCUCUCUCUCUCAGCUAGCUAGCUUCUCUGUCCUUUUAUCUCUUGUAAGAUAAAAGGUGAUGCGGCCACACCCCAGGGAAAGUCCGCCUACAUGGAUCAGGGCUAUGACCUGAGUAAGGGUGUUGCAUCCCAUCCUAAUCCUCUUUAACAUAACCUAAUAUUGCCCCAUUAACCACAGGCAGAGAUUAGGAAUUUACAAGACAGGAAAAUUACAUCAGAUCAAAAAAUGAAGGACAACCACAUAAUAUUGGGAAUCAUGGCCUAGCCAAGUUGACACAUUUUGGGGGGACACUAUUCAACCCAUAACAGUGCCUUAAACAAAGCGGCGGGGGGGCAUUUUGUCUUCCCUCCAAAAGGGCUUCUAACACCCUUUUCAACCUUGGGCUCUCAUUCUUUACUGUCCUCCCUUCACUAGAAUCCAGGGAAAUGGAAAUUUAAGUGGCUGUGAGUGCUCAUUUUGGCAGCACAUAUACUAAAACUAACUGGAAUCAUACAGAAAAGAUUAGAAUGGCCCCUGCAAGAGGAUUAUACCUAAAGUUGUAAAGUGGCUGCAAGCUGUGACUCCCCCUAAAAAAAAAAAAAAAAAAUUUUUUUUUUUUUUUUUUUUUUGAGGGCAGAAAAUAGCAGGAUAACCUCUUGCUGUGAGUUACCAGGAGGACUGUGACCUACUGCAGCCCUUUUGGAAACCAAGCUAGCAGUACCUAUUAACAUUUGUAAAUUGACACUUUGACCCAUCCCUGCAACUUCUCUUCUUGGACUUUAACUUACAAAAUACAUCAGUAAAAAAAGAUAGGUGUUUGGGGUCGCUAUGAGUCGGAAUUGAUGGCAGUGGGUUUGGGUUUUUUUGGUUACUGUGUAGGCUUUGUUAAGGCAUCCCUAGGCAGGGCUUCAAACUGGUUUCUUCUGGUUUGACCCCUUGCUGAGAAUUUUAACUUUCACCCCCAGAUAUACUGAGUCAGAAUCUACAUUUUAACAGGAUCCCCAGGUGAUUCAUAUCUGAAUCUGGGGUGGAAAUGUAAAUUUUUAGCAGGAGGUCAAAUUGGAAUGAACCGGUUUGAAGUCCUGGCCCAAGGAAACUAAUACACUUGGUAAGUAAUUUCUUGACUGCAUGGAUUUCUUUUGUUCACAUCCCAGAUGCUGGUUUUGUCUGAUGGUAGGAAAUACAGUGAUAGGGCCUCACUAGGUAGGGCUUGUUGAACUGGGCACCCCAGGAAUGCAGUGUUCCUCACCACGGGGAUGGCAGCAAUUUAAUGCCCACUCAGCAUAGUAUAUGCAAGAGUGAUGGAGACAUGGGUUCAGGCUGGCCUCUAGCACAGAGGGUGGAAUGGCACAGAGACCCAAAGAAGUAUGGAGGACAGGGCCCAGCAGUUCUGGAGGGAUAGUAAUACAAAGUGGCUGGAAGACUGGGCCUCUGUGGCCUCUGCUGUUUCAUCCACACAUCCCAGGCUCCCUUUCUGGCUGACCUCUGUCCCAGAAAGAACAAAGACCUUAACAAAGACGUACUGUGUGUGUGUAGAGGGAACCCUGGUGGCACAGUGGUUAAGCGCUGGACUGCUAACAAAGGUUGGCAGUUUGAGCCCACCCAUCAGAUUCUCAGAAGAAAAAGGGUUGUGAUCUGCUUCUGUAGAGAUUACAGCCUUGGAAACCCUAUGGGGCAAUUUUACUCUGUCCUAUAGGGUCACUAUAAGUAGGAGGAACUGACUCUAAGGCAACGGAUUUUUUGCUGUUUAGGACAGAACUGGGCCCCUGGGGGAUGGGGUGGGGAGGGCGCCAGCUGAGCUUUUCCUGCUAUGUGCCAGCUGGGGUCCCCCAGGGUGUCAAAUAAUAUUGGGCCUACAGUACACCAGAGGAAGGCGGGCCUAGGCCGAAGCAGGAAUGGCAGAGUUCUAUGUUCACGAAGCCCCAAGCUCCCUUCUCUACCUGGAGUUCCUCCUGGAGGCGCUCUCCUGGAGGCAACAGGAGUGUGAACUAAUCUUACGAUCUAUGGUAGGGGAAGAGAGCUGGACCACAGGGAGCCUGGAUCCAAGUACACUGUCUGCACCUGUGUCCGGAAAGGGUUGCGGUCCUGCAGUGAACACAAGACCCCCUCUGCCACGUAGGGCAUAAAAAUAGCAAAUGGCGGCUAGAACGACCAUUUCGUAGGUAGUAAUCACAAGCAGCCUGCUUCUAUAAAGAUUACAGCCUUGGAAACCCUAUGAGGGAAAUUCUACUUCAUAUAGGAUAGGUAUGAUUCAGAAUCGAACUGACCGCAACGGAUUUUGUUUUUUGGAAUCACAGGCCUGGUCCUGUGGUGCCCGGCCUCCACUGAGCUCAUGACUGCGCCCAGACCGCAGUCACCACCAACGACAAGAUUCUCAUAGCUGAAGCCGAGCUGACGGGACCAAAGAGGCUCCAAGUGGGAAUGAUAAGGCAGGGCUUCGCUUGCGCCAGGGCUCGCAGACGCAUUACACGUCCCCAUGAUGACUUCUGUGCGGCCCCACUGCGCCACUGCUGUAGCGGUUAAUACCGUCACCUUCACCGCGCCGGCUGCGCGACGAAGACCAGCCCAUACUCCAGGUACCGGACGUCAACCCACUCUCAAUAUCGUGGGCAGCCACAUCAACUGCACCGCCCCGCCGCAACUGCACUUGCGCAAGUCACUCCGCCUACAGUUCCCACAAUACCCGGGCGGUUUUUGCGGCCUCGGAGGCGGCACGGACUACGCUUCCCGGAGGCCUGUGUGCCCGCUACCUUUUGCUACAGCUCAGCAAGGCCCAGAGCGACAAUUCCGGCUCUUCAGCCAGCGGACUCCAUUUCCCAGAGGACUCGGCGCCUUCGGGUCCCUGCUUACAGCUCCCACAACUCACCAGGCCUCACUUCCGGUUCCUGAAACAAUGUGGACUCAUACUUCCUAGAGCUCUCGGCGUUGGCUCAUUGCCUUGCUCCCUCCCACCCCACCUGCAAUGUCCCGAGCUUUACUUCCGCUGCUGAAACAAGGCGGACUCCAUUUCCCAGAGCCCUCAGCGUUUGCGUCUUCCCUUAUCCCCGUUUACAGCUCCCCCAGUGACAGCACAGCAUUUAAAGCUCCUGACACGAUGGGAAAUUCACUUCCAAAAGGCUUGGAGCCCACGGUGACCCAAGAUUUACUUUCGCCCCAUGAAACACCGCGGACUCCAUUACUCAAAGGGCUCUUCGCCUGCCAGUCCCUGCCAAAAAAACCCAAACCUGUUGCCAUCCAGUCGAUUUUGAUUCCUAGUGAUCGCAUAGGGCAAAGUAGAACUGCCCAUUGGGUUUCCAAGGCUGUAAACUACGAAAGGAGCGCUGGUGAUGUAGUGGUUAAACGAUUUGGCUGCUAACUGAAAGGUGGGCAGUUAGAACCGACUAGCUGCUCCAAGGGAGAAAGAUGUGGCAGUCGUAUUCCAUAAAGAUUUACAAUCGCGGAAACCCUAUGGAGCAGUUCUAUGUUCUACAGGGUCGAAAUCAACUUGAGGCAAUCAGUUUCGUAUUUAAGCUUAACGGAAGCUGACUGCCACAUCUUUCUCCAGCAGAGUGGAUGAUGAGUUGAAACCGCCAAACUUUCAAUCAGUAACCAAGAGCUUUACCCACUGCAACACCAGGGCUCCCUGCCUAUGUUGUUUGUUGUUAGGUACGGUGAGAGCAGUUCUACUCAUAGCCCCUUACGUACAACAGAAGAUACACUGCCUGAUCCUGCACUAUCCUCACAAUCAUUAUGCUUGAGCCCAUUGCUGCAUCAUUGGGGCAAUCCACCUUCUCGAGGGUCUUCCUCUUUUUCGCAGACCCCAGGUCCAAAGGACACACUAUUCUCCCAGCUCUUGUUUGUUGGUGGUAUGACAAAAUGGUGGACAACCACACAAUACUGGGUAUCAUGGCCUAGCCAAGUUGACACACAUUUUUGGGGGACACAAUUCAAUCCAUAACAAUGAGUCUUCCUCCAAUCCUAUUGCUGCGCUCUUCAUAAAGUCUAUGAAUCUCCGUAGAAGAUGGGGCCUGUGGGUGGGGGGCCGAGGUCAUGGGGCUUCUAGAUCCUGGCGGAGGCGAGGCUAGAGAAGCCAGAGUUCCUGGUCUCUUAGGAGGUGAUUCUUGGCAGACAUGAACAGAGUUCCACCCAUUCCCAGGGGCAUGGUCACAAACGCUGGCUUCUCCCCCGUAGAUGGAAGGGGGGAAACGUGUCCACGCAGGAAGUGGAGAGUGUGUUGCUACUCUUGGACUUCCUGCAGGAAGUGAACCUCUACCGCGUGUCUGUGCCAGGUGCGGAGGGCUCGCCUCAUUUUAAUCCUCUAACAACCUUGUGGAUGGAGGGUUAUUAUUCCCAUUUUACAUGCGAGGGAAACUGCGGGGCACAGAGAAGUGUAGAGACUUACUUGCCCAGUGGACCAGUGAUCGAUUGGUGGAGCUGGGCCAAGCAGGAGGAUCAGCCGUUGCCCUCACAGAGGGCUUGCAGGUGAGGCAGGGACGAAAAUGAUGGGGACAACAAUGGCUGGUGUACUUCCUAGGGUGUGAGGGCAAGGUGGGCAUGGCUGCCGUGCAGUUGGCCCCCAGCCGAAGGUUCGACGAGCAGCACCUGUACCAGUAUGUCCGCACUUGGCUCCCUGCCUAUGCUGCCCACCCCCACCCAUUUCAUUCGUAUUCAGGUGAGCCCAGGAUAGCAGAAUUCCAGAGCAGGUGGGUGGAGGUGUCACAGCUGUGGGGGUCACAGUCGAGGGUUUAUGGUUAUCCCUGCCGGAUGUCCUAAAGAUCACAGGCACCUUCAAGCUGGCAAAGUCUUGACUGGUGCGUGAGGGCUUCAGUGUGGGUAUCAUUGCUGACCCUUUUCAUACUGGGCCACCAGGCCCAGGCCUUCCAGUCCCUGACGCCAGUCAUGUACAAAGCUGCGUGCAACGGAACCUGGAGACUGACCACAUGGUGAGCCCGCAGGACACCCAAAGGGGCAGGGCACCAUGCCAACCACCAGCCCAGCCUACAGUGUUACCUCCACCCUGUACCUGCAUGGGGUCUGCAUGAUUCCCAGACUGGCCAAAUCCCCAGCCACACUGUGAGACAUAAGGACACUGGACCAGGAGACAGAGGGAGAAUAAACUCAGAUGUGUAUACAGA